UAUGAGUAUUUUAUUGUAUAUAUCUUAAUAUAAUGUUAUUCCUACCUUUAAGUUUUGUGCAGUGCAGAACAAAUAUGAAAUCUCCAAUUUCUUUGUUUAGUGUUAGAUAUUUUUUUAAUGAAACCAUUUCUCUCAUCUUGUUCUUCGAAACAAGUUAUUCUCUUUCUUGUACUGUAAUAUUUUGUUUAAUAUUGAAGCUUUUUGUGACUUUGGUCACAAAAUAUAAAUUUAAUUCAGCACUAACUGCAGGCCACAUUUUACAUUUUUUACACAUUGAUCUGCGAAUCUUACUGUUUAAAAAUGUUGGAGAUCACACACAUUAUGAUUUAAGAUUUAUUUUGUUAAUGUGAUCUGUACCCAACAAAUAAGAUGCUAUGAAGUAUACUAAGAAUUAAUUAUCAGAAUAAUUUCUCUUGGCAAAUAAUUAUCAUCCAGAUCAUUGGAUAUCUGUAUUAAUGAGUUGGUAUGGUUCUUUGAAUGAUACUUUUAAAUCAGAAAAGUCUUGUGAGAUGUUUAGAAAGUAAAUGUAACAUAAGACAUAGUAUAUAGCACUUCAAAGUAUCUGAAGUCAUUUAUUCAAUACUUUGAAGAAGUGUGAAACCCUGGUAAGAUAUAUCAUUAGAUAUAUGCUGCUGGGUCCUCUAUUAAUAAUUUUUCACGCUGAGUAGAUCUUUUGGUACUUCUCUUUGUUGAAGCAACAAGAGCUUAUGCAACAGCAUUUCUUUGUUCUUUUAUAGUUGAGUUCAACAGGGCUGUAUCAAAAAUAUGCCUGGGCUUCUUGUAGUCCACUUGUGUGCUGCUGUUACAUUCCCAGUUCCUAGUGUGACUCAGCUACAUUGUCACCAAAGCUUAAGGGGUGUUUACACAAUCUCACUUCAGCAUAAUGUGUAAUGAACCUCAAAUGAAUCCUGCUGGCUUGUAGGAUAAGGAUUUCCACUUCAAGUUAUUGUCUCUGAAUGGGGUUGUAAAACGUGCCUAUAUUGCUCAUCCAGGAAGUGUGAAGUUAUAAAAAAACAGGCUAAAUUGCCAUGUUUUAUCUGCUAGCUGCUUCUGCAUUUAUUGCCUUUAUGGACUCAAAGUCCUCCAGGGACUGUGACAAAUCCUGAUUGCAUUUUCUGCUUACAUCUUUUAUUAGUUCAUAAAUGUGGAAAGAAGAAAAACUAUUAGUCACCAGGGAUUUGUCUAGCUGUGUGCAUGGCUACUUAACUGCUUCAACUUUAGUUGUCUUUUCAUUAUUCUGUCUACUUUUGGUCUGAUAUCAUGCACAACCUACGUCUGUAAAUUGACAUUUCCUCAUCUGGGAAAUGUAAAUAUUUCAGUAACUUAGAGUAGUUGCAUAACUGGCUGGAUAGUUGCUGUACAAACUGGAUGUUUUGUGUUCCAUAAUUGGCUUCUUCCUCCAUUUCUCCAACUGAUUCCUUAUUGUAUCUUUUUUUCCACUUUUACUUCUAUCUUGCCUUAUGUGGUUUUGAUUUUUCAGAAGUUAGGAAGAGCUUUAGCUAUUGAAAGAAUUGGUAUUUGCUUCUUUGCAUGUACUGGUAUAAACAGUCCAGAGAAGGAUGUCAGGAGCAGAAGAUGUAUGGAGCUUGUAAGGUUCAUUCUCUGCCAGGUGAAUUUUGUUUUUUUUCUAAUGCUGCAAUGUUUGUGAAUCUUACUGAAGCAUGUGUCUUUAGACUUCCAAAGUACAAAAAUAAGUACUAUGCAGCAUAUAGUCACUUACCAAAGUCAUUUGGAUCAUGUGAGUUUGAAUCAUUUCCUUUGAGGCAUUCUCUAAAUGUUCAUUCCUUAGAGGAAGCUGCAUGUUUGGAAAUGAAAACUAGCCUGAUCAAAACUUGCAUUUGCCAUUUUGUGAUGUUCUGGUUGUUAGAAAUUACCAGUGCUGGUAGGAAAAAAAAGGAAUGCAAUAACACUGUGAACUGUGUUAUUGCAAAUACAUACGGCAUUAACCACAGAAUGCUAGGAAAUAACAGUUUGGAAAUAUGAAUAAUGAGCAUGAGUUACAUGGAGAAAAAUAUCUUUUGUUGCAAUCCAUUUCUGUUUUGGAAAUUGUGAGUCGCUGUGGUUUUAUCUUGUUAGGAAACACUACUGUGGUUGAGCUCAGUUCAGACCUUUAUAUACAGCGUCUCAGAAACAAUGUAUUUUGUUCUUCUCAGCCUUUUUUCCUGCACGGCUUAUGUCAACGCGAUGCAUCUGUUUCAGAAACGUUCUCGUGUAUAACUUGUUCUUUACUAUUGUAUCAAGAACUCAUAGAGACGGGAACUGAGAGAACACAAGCUUCUGUAAAAAUAACGCAUGUUUCACAUCACUGGUUGUUCCGGACGAAUAAAUUGAAUUUCUUUUCAAAAGUCUGCCCACCAAGACGAAAGGCAGCGGCAGCAGCCCCCGCAGACCACGUCGCGUUGCCUCAGUUGAGGCCGGGCCGCUAGGAGGCAGCGUGCCGUGCCGUGCCUUCUCCCCGCCGACCGUUAUUCUCCACGCCCCCGCCCGGCCGUUAUGCCCCCCCUCGCGGGCCGCUGUGAGGAGGCGCCGCGCGGUUUUCUCCUCACAGAAGCGCCGAUGGCGAGAUCUGUGUUAAGGGGAAGAGUCGGGUCCCGGCUCCGUGCGUGUUCCCCAUCUUCCAGAGCAGCUCUGAGAGGGACCCGGCUAAAAGUAAUAUUUGGCGUGGUUAUAUGCCUUUUGCUUUCCUUAUUACUUAUGUGUAUUAUACUGCUUCCAUCAAAAGUUGUUAACACAGAUGAUGGUCCUAGAGCUCUUACAUUGGACGAUUAUUUAAAUGGAAACUUUCAAUAUAAGACAUUUUUUCCUUAUUGGGUGUCAGAUAAUGAAUAUCUUCAUCAGUCUGCAGAAGAUGAUAUUAUUCUUUACAACGUUGAACUGAACUACCUAACUACUAUCAUGACUAAUAGCACAAUGAAACAAGUUAAUGCUUCAAAUUAUGUGUUGUCAUCAGACAAAUACUUCAUGGCUCUGGAGAGCAAUUAUUCAAAGCUGUGGAGAUAUUCUUAUACAGCAUCAUACCACAUUUAUGAUCUCAUUUAUGGUGGUUUUGUAACAGAAAACCAGCUUCCACAUAAAAUUCAGUAUAUAUCCUGGUCACCCGUUGGACACAAAUUGGCAUACGUUUAUCAGAAUAAUAUAUAUUUGAAACAAAGUCCAAGAGAGGCACCAAUUAAACUAACUGGUGAUGGAAAAGAGAAUGAAAUAUUUAAUGGGAUUCCUGAUUGGGUCUAUGAAGAGGAAAUGCUAGCAACAAAAUAUGCAUUGUGGUGGUCUCCGAGUGGAAGAUAUUUAGCAUACGUACAAUUUAAUGAUUCCGACAUACCAGUUAUUGAAUAUUCAUAUUUUGGUGAGGACCAGUAUCCCAGAAAAAUAAUUAUCCCAUACCCAAAGGCUGGUGCUAAAAAUCCUACUGUUAAAGUGUUUAUUGUAGACACUAUUAACGCUGAAGCAUUUGGUCCUAAAGAGAUCCCAGUUCCUGCAGCAAUAGCAUCAAGUGAUCAUUAUUUUACUUGGCUUACUUGGGUAACAGAUAGUCGAGUCUGUGUGCAAUGGCUAAAGAGAAUCCAGAAUUUUUCAGUCUUAGCUAUUUGUGACUUCAGAGAACAUUCAAAUACUUGGGACUGUCCAGAGAAUCAACAGCACAUAGAAGAGAGUCAAACAGGAUGGGCAGGCGGAUUCUUUGUUUCUACACCAUAUUUUACAUCAGACAGCAGUUCAUACUACAAAAUUUUUAGUGACAAAAAUGGUUAUAAGCAUAUUCAUUACAUCAAUGGCUCCGUGGAGAAUGCAAUCCAAAUUACUAGUGGAGAAUGGGAAGCAAUAUACAUUUUCAGAGUAACAAAUGAUGCAAUUUUCUACUCAAGCAAUGAAUUUGAAGGCUAUCCAGGAAGAAGAAAUAUUUACAAACUCAGUAUUGGAAGUAAACCUAUCAGAAAACAGUGUAUUACUUGUAAUUUAAGGAAAGAGAGAUGCCAAUAUUAUACAGCAAGGUUCAGUGAACGUUCUAAGUAUUAUGCCUUGAUCUGUUAUGGUCCUGGGAUUCCUAUUUCCACUCUUUUUGAGAACCAGGGUGAUAGAGAGCUCAGAAUAUUAGAAGACAACUGGGAACUGCAGUCUUCUUUGCAAAAGAUCAAACUGCCAAAAGAAGAAAUUAACAAACUUGAAGUGGAUGGUAUAACUUUGUGGUACAAAAUGCUUCUGCCCCCACAAUUUGAUAGAUCCAAGAAGUACCCACUGCUCAUUCAGGUGUAUGGAGGACCUUGCAGUCAGAAUGUAAAGGACACAUUUAGCAUUAGUUGGAUAACCUAUCUUGCAAGCAAAGAGGGAAUUAUUGUUGCUCUAGUGGAUGGCAGAGGGACAGCAUAUCAAGGUGACAAGAUUUUGCAUGCAGUAUAUCGAAGACUAGGAGUCUACGAAGUUGAGGACCAAAUAUCAGCAGUGAAGAAAUUUAUAGAAAUGGGUUUUAUUGAUGAGAAACGAAUAGCGAUAUGGGGCUGGUCCUAUGGUGGAUACGUAACUUCUCUGGCACUUGGAUCUGGCAGUGGAGUAUUUAAAUGUGGAAUGGCUGUGGCUCCUGUUUCCAGCUGGGAAUAUUACGCAUCUAUCUACACAGAACGAUUUAUGGGUCUUCCUGUAGAGUCCGAUAAUCUUGAGCACUACAAGAAUUCAACUGUGAUGGCAAGAGCAAAGAAUUUCCAAAACGUGGAGUAUCUCCUCAUCCAUGGAACAGCAGAUGAUAACGUACAUUUCCAAAACUCAGCACAAAUUGCAAAAGCUCUGGUUAACGCACAAGUGGAUUUCCAGGCAAUGUGGUAUACUGAUGAGAACCAUGGAAUUCCAGGCCUUUCCAGCAAACAUCUCUACACACAUAUGACCCAUUUCCUCAAACAAUGUUUUUCUUUGUCAGAAUAGAUGGGCUAUUCAGAGCAUGCUAAGGCAUCUGAUACAUCUCUGGGAGAAUGCAAUGAUAACAGUGCCCGGGUUAUGUAGUUUUCAGGUGGAUUGAUAGCAGGAACUCUGAAGUUAAAAACUUGAUGUUUACAUCCAUUUUUUAUAUUGUAUAUUAGCAGAUGUUGUGCUAAUACAUGUUUUGGCACAUUUAACACCUGUUGGAUAGAAAAAAAUAAAAUCAGAAUGUAACACGG